CACUGGCUCUGCUCUGCCUUCUCACCUCACCUCGGAGCGGCGCGGGGCGCGGGCCGGCAGGGACGGCGACCGCACGGCGAACUAAAAAAAAAAAAACACGAACCAGCGGCGCCACGUCCCUGGUCCCUCUCCUCCUCCUCCUCUCUCUCCACAUCUCACUCUCACCUCCCGAUAAGAGAGGGCCCUCGGCUUCCCCUCCCUCCCCUCCGCUCCAGCUCCAGCUCCCCUCCAUCCUCGGCCAAAAAUCUGCGGCGAGCUCCGCUCCGAUCCGAUCCGAUCCGACUGCUCCCCACGCCGUUGAGGCCGAGCGGGGGUCCAGGAGAGGAGAGGAGAGGCGCGGCGCCGCGGCUGCCACCGUACCGCCGCCGGAGGAGAGAGGGGAGAAGGAAGAGGAGCCGUACCCGUCCGCUUGCUCCGCUUCCGCCGGACCUAUCGACCCGAUGGACUCGGAGCACUGGAUCUCGCGCCUGGCGGCUGCGAAGCGCUUCUACGCGGCGCAGCUCGGCCACAGCGAUCGGGCGGGGAUGGAGGAGCUGGACAUGGACGAGGAGGUCAGGCCCGAGUUCGCCUGCCCCUACUGCUACGAGGACCACGACGUCGGAUCCCUCUGCGCGCACCUGGAGGAGGAGCACCCGUUCGAGCCCCAAGCCGCGGCUUGCCCUGUCUGCUCUGAGAUGGUUACGAAGGAUAUGGUUAACCAUAUUACUAUGCAACAUGGAUAUUUAUUCAAGAAUCGUCGCCGGUUGCGCAGAUUCAUCAUUCCAGGCAGCCAGGCCCUUUCUUUACUGAGCCGAGAUCUACGGGAAGCCCAUUUGCAGGUGCUUCUUGGAGGCGGACAUAGAUCAAGCAACAAUAACAGCACCACAAAUAUUUCAGCUGAUCCUCUUCUGUCAUCAUUCGGCCUUAGCUUCCCUACAUCAGAUGCAGAGCAAACAUCCAAAUCGACUCUUUCCAUUCCUGAUGAUGCUACGAUGAUAAAAGAAACGCCUGCUCAGGCACGGAAGUUAAGUAUCGAUUCGUCCCUCACAAGUGAAGAAAGGGAGCAGAAACGGAAGCAAGCCAGCGUCAGAGCCACAUUCGUGCAAGACCUGCUGCUCUCUACUCUAUUCGGGGACUAAUAAAUCAGGAUGAGCCAAGUUAUCACUGGAAGGGUGCUUCCCGGUGCAGGUCUGCAGAGACUAGCGUGCUCCACCCAACUUGCUGAAUUCCUCGACGGAACAUAUGCGCGCAUCCGGGGUGCUAGCCUUUCGUCCCUUCCAGUGUGGUGCAGAAUCGAUGUGGGCAUGAUGUGUCUUCUAAGUUAUUGUAAGCCGGUCUCUCUAUCCUCAGUUCCUUCAUAACUGACGAUCAGCAUGUGAUAUGCAUGCAAGUCGCGGUUGUGCGUGUACCUCAUCUGUGUCUGAACUCUGAAGCAUUGGUUUGUUGUACCAACAUAAUAAUAAUAAUGUUACAACAGCGGAUGGCUAUACAUA